AUGGCCGACUGCUCCGGCAGUUGUAAUCCUGGCCCCACCCAGCAGGUUCCACCCCGUCCUGCAAAAACAAACGGGAAAGAGGCUGCAACGCUUCCUCUCAAAAUAAGUCAAGCCAAGAAAGCAGUGCUAAAAGGUUCUUUUAAUCAAGCUGAUGCCCGCUUUGGUGAUUCCAGUUUUCCAUCCACGUCUGGUAAAGCCCUUUACAGUGAAGUAUUAAAACGCUCACCCAAGGUCUGUGAAUCCGUAAAGACUGAGGUAAGGCCAUCUGAUUUUCAAGUAGACUCUGGCAAACCCCGGCAACCCCAGAUGAAGCACCCCAUGAAAACCCAAAAAUCCAUGCUAAGAGGGUCUUUUGAUCAAGCUGAUGCCCGCUUUGGAGAUUCACGCAACAGGCAGUGUGGCGCCAUCGGUCUCACGGCAGUGUUGAAAAGCAAGCUGAAGAAUGUGCUGACGUGGACUACACAAGAUCUGGACGGUGUCUUGGUUGAAGGAACACGUCUUUACGAGUCUCUAAGAAAACAUGGUAACAUAAAAGAUAGAGAAGUCAAGGGUAGGAAUUACAUUGCAGUCCAUGAAUUACCGAGGAGACACAUGUUGGGUAAUACUACAUUUUCCAUCGAGUACGCUCCGUCUCUGACUGGUUUUGUUAAUGUCAAUGAGUACCACGAGUAUGACCAAGCCAUAAGCGCUGUAGCCAUGCCACUUGAUGUAGCCCUUCAGCAAACUCUACUGAGUGCUGAUGCUUUCUUGUUAACCAUUUGUGCCAACACAUCUGCAGUUAUUAAGCAGGGGUCAUGGUAUGCAGUCGUUGACUCUCAUGCCAUCAGGACAGACACAAGUUGUGUAGUCUAUCACCGUACCAUAGAGUCUCUGUACGACUAUAUCAAUGACAUGGCACAGUUGUUUGGGGUACCUGAGCCACCAUUUGAGAUAACUGGAGUUUUGGUUCAUGCAGAUGCAGAAGUGUCUGAUCCGCUGCAAGAAGCAGGCAGCAGCGGUUUCCCAUGCUCUUCCGGUAAAGCCCUCUACAGUGAUGUCUUAAAACGCAUACCAAAGGUACGUGAAUCUGUGAAGACUGAGCCAAAGACCCCUGAUUAUCCAGUACCUGUGGAUGAAGUUGCAGAUGUGAGAAACCCUAACCUUCCAACACAGACAGCCUCUAAUGUGUUGCCAAGUAAAGGUAAAAGAUUGAGGAAAGAAAAGCACAUUGAGCUGUCAGGUAAACGGGUUACAAAAUCCCACGCUGAAACUGUUAUAACCGAUGAUUUGAUGAUCACUGAUGUUUCAGUUCCAGAUGUCUUUUUUUCUCCCUUAACACAUAAUGAGAAGCAAGUUUUAUGUGAGCUCAUACAAAUGUCCAAUGAUAACAGUGACCAUAAUGUCAUAAACUUUGGUCCCAUUUCAGCUCCGUGUCAGACAAAGGCCAUUAAACCAGAUGGCAACUGUUUUUUCAGAUCGUUGGCACAUGCGAUAUGUGGAAGCGAAGAGAAACACUUGAAGGUUCGCCGUGCAGUUGUGAAACAUCUGAAGAUGAAUACUCCACUGUUUGAGAGGUAUGUGAGAAGUGAGUAUUCUUCAGCAGAGGAUUAUCUGACACGAUCUAGAAUGUUUUAUUCUGGCUCAUGGGUAACAGAAAUUGACAUAUUUGUUGCGGCCGAUCUUUUCAAAACCACCAUAAUGACUUUUAAUGACAGCCGAUGGAAUGCGCACAAACCUACUGGAGAGGUAUCCACUCAGAAUGCAAUUUAUCUGAAACACUGUAACCGUAAUCAUUAUGAAGUUGUGACAUGUGUUAAGCACCGAGAUCGAGAUGCUGUUUGUGCAGGAGCAUGUGGAAAUGCGGUGUCAAAUGAGGUCAGCAAACCAUGUCUGCGUAAGAGAAAGGUAAGCGAUGUCGCAGAAUGUUGUCCCUCCAAAAGGCAUCGGGAGAGAUAUCGCAACGACAGUGAGUACAGAAAAAAACAACUGAAGUACAAGAAGUCAAAAUAUGGUAACGACCCUGAUUACAGACAAAACAUAAUUGAGCAUGCCAAAACAAAAUAUUGUGAUGACACCGUUUACAGGGGCGAAAAAAUGGAGUAUGAUAAAGAAAAAUAUAUGAGGGAUAGAUAUUACAGAGAGAAAAAAAGAGAAAUUCUUCGUGAUAAAUAUCUAAAAAAUGUUGAUGUUCGUUUAUCAAAGUGUCAACGUUCUAAGGCCAAGUAUUUGACCAAUAUUCAGUUCCAAAAACGUGUUUGCCAGUAUUCUAGAUUGAAAUAUAAAUAUAAUGUCUCUUUUCAGGCAAGUGUAUGUGAGUACUCAAAGAAAAAAUAUCUGCAAGACCUGGCCUUCAAAGCAAGAGCGCGUGAGUAUUCAAAGAAAAAAUAUCUGCAAGACCUGGCCUUCAAAGCAAGAGCGCGUGAGUAUUCAAAGAAAAAAUAUCUGCAAGACCUGGCCUUCAAAGCAAGAGCGUGUGAGUAUUCAAAGAAAAAAUAUCUGCAAGACCUGGCCUUCAAAGCAAGAGUGCGUGAGUAUUCAAAGAAAAAAUAUCUGCAAGACCUGGCCUUCAAAGCAAGAGUGCGUGAGUAUUCAAAGAAAAAAUAUCUGCAAAACCUAGCCUUCAAAGCAAGAGUGCGUGAGUAUUCUGUGAUGAAAUACCAUAAAGAAAUGAACUUCCACAAGAAAUUAGUAGUGGUCCAGAGUUUGUGUGCUCUGUCUGUCACCGUUUACUUUUCAGAAAGCAGGUUGUUGAAUGUAGAAGACAAUGCUAUGAAGACAAAGGUGUAA